ACUGCUUUCCGGCGCCUGCUCUCCUGCCCCAGUCGAAGUGUCCUCCCGCACACCGUCGUCGGUACCGUUCAUAAUUCCCACCAAGCACCUCCGAAGCAACCAAACACCGCAAACAUGAGCAGGAAAUUUUUCGUUGGUGGAAACUGGAAGAUGAACGGAGACAAGAAGAGUCUCGGGGAGCUCAUUCAGACCAUGAACGGAGCCACCGUGGACCCCAAUGUCGAGGUGGUGUGCGGUGCUCCAGCCAUCUACCUGGACUUUGCCAGGUCCAAGCUGGAUGCUAAGUUUGGUAUUGCUGCCCAGAACUGCUACAAAGUUGCCAAGGGUGCCUUCACUGGGGAGAUCAGCCCUGCGAUGAUCAAGGACUGUGGUGUGCACUGGGUGAUCCUGGGACACUCUGAGAGGCGCCACGUCUUUGGAGAGAGUGACGAGCUCAUCGGUCAGAAGACAGCCCACGCUCUGGAGAGCGGUCUUGGUGUGGUCGCCUGCAUUGGCGAGAAGCUGGAUGAAAGAGAGGCCGGCAUCACCGAGAAGGUCGUCAAUGCUCAGACCAAGGUCAUCGCAGACAAUGUAAAGGACUGGAGCAAGGUCGUGCUUGCUUACGAGCCUGUGUGGGCCAUUGGCACUGGCAAGACUGCCUCCCCACAGCAGGCUCAGGAUGUUCAUGAUAAAUUGAGGCAAUGGCUGAAGAGCAAUGUGUCUGAGGCUGUAGCUAGCUCUGUGAGGAUCAUCUAUGGAGGUUCUGUGACCGGCGCUACCUGCAAAGAACUUGCCUCCCAGAAGGAUGUUGACGGUUUCCUUGUGGGUGGAGCCUCCCUCAAGCCAGAGUUCAUCGAAAUCAUUAACGCCAAGGUUUAAAAACAAAACAAAAACAAACCUGAACCAGAUCAGAGGCCAGCUCCAUUCAGAUGAUCUAGUUUCAUCCUCCCUCACUUCCAGCACUUAGUCAUCUUCCCCUUUUUAUUCAAAGUAUUUUGUGUCAUGUUGUCAUUCCUUCCUCGUUCUGUUAUCUUUUCGGUUUCUCUCCUGGAGAAAAUGGACAGGUUGACACAUACACUGUACUGCACUGAAAUGAGUCCACUGAAAAUAGUCUGUGCAUACUAACUUCCACACAAGUGCUCAAGCUGUAAAGACGGACAGUUACACCUUGAGGUGGACGAGGAGUCCACGCCUUUACUUGAACAGUUUUACCAACUCUCUAUGUGUAAACAGUGUCACAGCUCUUGUCCAUUAGAUUUAUUUGUCUGUUAAUAAUAUUGGUGUCUCUUAUGUAUAGUUAUGAUGUUCUUCUGUGGCUAUUUACCUCCCUCUAGACUUGCAUGUGCUGCUCUCUCAUUGGCUGUUCCACCAAAAGGGAGGUGUCCAUUAAAUGUUCAUUACAUUGUGUCAUGGUCGAUGGGUUUAAGGGUUGGAUGGCUGUAAGGAAACAUAAUAAACGGUUUAGAGACUCUA